AUGGCGAAUGGACCAAACUCACAGAGAGCUGGAGUCCGAAAGCGCAGAAGCCAAGAGGUUGGAAGCCAUGACCUGCGGCCUGAAGGGCCUGAAGUCAGCGCAGACUUUGGGCAGGAAGUGGCAGAGCUCCAAGCAGCCAUUGCGAAGGAGGAGUGGCUGUUGGAACGUGCAGAAGACGAGUUAGCGGCCGCCGUGGGAGAAAGAGCUUCUUUGCGAUCUACGGUCGAGGCUGCUGAGGCUCGCGUGCCUUUCCCGGAAAAUCCUGCGAAGGCCCUGGCGGCUGAAAUGCGCAGGGCCUUGGAAGAAAUGGCCGCAGAGUCCUUCAGACAAGCCGAGGCCUUGCAAGCCCACGCUGAGCAACGCCUUGAGGAUGCUUGCCACCGCACUGCUGCCGUGGCCACCAAGGUAAGCCGCGCGCGUGCUCACCGCGCUUGGGAUAGAGAGGUGAUUGCCCUCUUGGAUGCCCUGAAAGAGGCGGAAAGCAUCACUCAUCAGCAGCUGCAGCUUGUGGGUUCAUCUCAAGCAGCUCGUGAGGUGGCGGCAUUGCGCCAUCGUGUGAGCAGGGAGCUCCACGCAAGCUUCUCGCAGGCAUUUCGGCAGUGA